AUGACUUAUCUGAAUAUGUUUCUGAUAUAUCAGAAUUACUUGAAAAUUCUUUUGAUACAUCGCAAUUACUUGAAAAUUUUUCUAAUACAUCGCAAUUUGGUGAAACUAUUAAAAAACAUAAAGAAAAUCUGAUGGCAAAGGUCACUACAGUACAAAAUAUCAUUAUUGUA